AUGAGAACCGUAGGCAUGGUGGAGGUCAGAGGGAGGCGUGUGUGCAACACAUCUACAUCAGUUAACAGCCGCUGAGUGACUCCAUCUCUUUAGACUCCAUCAGUACCAAUAGAUGCAGAUGCUUAUAUUAUCUAGAGAACGUCGUAUCCCAUGAUUUUACAGAAAAUAUUUAAAUCAAUUUGAUUGGUCAUGAUGUCAAGCUUACUUAGUGUCGGGGUUGAUGUGCGUUGUUGUGGACGUGUGUAAAAUCCUGAAGAUUAUAACAGGGUCAUUCUGACUUCACAAUUGGGAAAUAUGCGAAAAGACGUGAGGAUUCUGUUGGUUGGAGAACCCAAUGUGGGGAAGACGUCUCUGAUCAUGACACUUGUCAGUGAGGAGUUCCCAGCAGUGGUUCCUUACAGAGCUGAGGAGAUCACUAUACCAGCAGAUGUCACACCAGAGAGAGUCCCCACUCAUAUAGUGGACUACUCGGAAGCUGAACAGACAGAUGAACAACUGUACCAAGAGAUAUCAAAAGCCAAUGUUAUAUGUAUAGUCUACUCAGUGAACAACAAGAAGUCUAUUGAGAAGGUGACAAGUCAUUGGAUUCCUUUGAUAAAUGAGAGAACAGACAAAGACAGCAGGGUUCCUCUGAUCCUUGUGGGGAAUAAAUCUGAUCUGGUUGAGCACAGCAGUAUGGAGACUGUCCUUCCCAUCAUGAACAAAUACACAGAGAUAGAGACCUGUGUGGAGUGUUCAGCAAAGAAUCUGAAGAAUAUUUCGGAGUUAUUUUACUAUGCACAGAAGGCUGUCCUUCACCCUACAGGGCCUCUCUACUGUCCAGAGAAGAAAGAGAUGAGGUCUGCCUGUGUUCGGGCAUUGACACGUAUCUUUAAGGUGUCAGAUUUGGACAACGAUGGCAUUCUCAAUGAUCAUGAGCUUACCUUUUUUCAGAGAACUUGUUUCAACACCCCACUAGCCCCACAGGCCCUUGAGGAUGUAAAAAAUGUUGUGAGAAAAAACCUGACAGAUGGAGUGCGUGACAACGGGCUCACUCUCAAAGGUUUCCUCUUCCUACAUACUCUCUUCAUCCAAAGAGGAAGGCAUGAGACAACGUGGGCUGUACUGCGGAGGUUUGGAUACGAUGACGAUCUUGAGCUGCAUCAGGACUACCUGUUUCCUCUGUUAAAAAUACCACCAGACUGCACCACAGAGCUCAAUCACAAUGCUUACCUGUUCCUACAGAGUGUUUUUGACAAAUAUGAUAAGGACAGAGACUAUGCAUUGUCCCCUGAAGAGCUUAUGGAUCUAUUUGAUGUUUUCCCCUAUGUCCCCUGGGGAUUGGAUGUGAACAGUACAGUUUGCACUAAUGACCAGGGCUGGAUCACAUACCAAGGCUAUCUCUCUCAGUGGACGUUAACGACUUACCUGGAUGUACAGCGAUGUCUUGAAUAUCUUGGUUACCUUGGUUACUCUAUCAUUGCUGAGCAGGAAUCUCAGGCCUCUGCCAUAGCAGUGACCCGUGACAAGAAGCACGACCUUCAGAAGAAACAGACGCAACGGAAUGUAUUUCGCUGUCAUGUGUUUGGAAUAACUGGAAGUGGCAAAACUGGUUUCCUGCAGGGCUUCCUCGGCAGAAACCUUGUGCGUCAGAGGGCCAUAAAAGAAGAACACAAAUCAUAUUAUGCAAUCAGCACUGCACAUGUGUACGGACAGGAGAAGUACUUGUUGCUCCAUGAAAUCUUUCCAGAUUUUGAUUUCCUGUCUGAGACUGAGCUUUCAUGUGACAUUGUGUGUCUGAUCUAUGAUGUGAGCAACCCUUGUUCUUUUGAGUACUGUGCACAAAUCUUCAAGCAAUACUUCAUGGAUAGUAAGACUCCAUGUAUGUUGAUUGCUGCAAAGUCAGACCUGCCAGAAACAAAGCAGCAAUACUGUAUGACUCCACUGGAAUUCUGUCGCAAGCACAAGAUGCCGCCGCCUCAGUCCUACACCUGUAACACAGCUGUGGCUCCCAGCAAAGACAUCUUCAUCAAGCUCACCACCAUGGCUGUGUAUCCCCAUGCGCGUCUGCGCUGCAUGUGUACCUGUAACAGGUGUACCUUCUGUCUGUGUCAGAACUUCCUGAACUCUGAGCUCGUGCAGACGGUUCGGACCAAACUCUACACUGUCAUCUUUAGCAGGUUCUCAGGAUGGCUUUAUCUUGGUUCAUCACCUUUCCUCUGCACUUAUCUCUCUUGCUUUUAUCGUAAUUCAUCCUCUUUUUUUUUCUCUCUAUUUAAUUAUUCUCAUUCUGAUUCACAUUAAUUUGGCAGUUUGGCAAAGUGCACCUGGCUUAACAUGCUAAUAAACACUUGACCAUAUCGACUACAUGAAAACACAUAAGUAGACAGGCCUAGGCAAUAGAGUUGUUGCAGUUAAGAUGUUCUGUGGACUUUUUUAGCUUAUUUCAGUGUUGGGCUUUUGGAUACCUUUUCAGUUCAGUCCAGAUUAGUUAUAUAACACUUCUCACAAACAUGUAGAUCCAAAGGAGCUUAACAAAGAGUAGUGCAGUGCCACACAAAUCCCUGCAGUGAACAAGUCAAAUGACAAGGAAGAAACUCCCUAAGAUAUUUAGGUAGAUAAGAAAAAUCCUUCGAUGGAACCAAGAAUGUAGGGACUUUAUGGCUGGGGAAGCCCACUUUCUUGUGCCUUAUACAAACAUGUAUUUGUAGUUGAUGAUAUUGACUAUAUUGUUUAAUUAUACAUAAUGACUACGCUGCCUUCUAAUAAAAUAACAAUUCAUAGAAUGUGAAACAAGUUAUGGCUGGUCUUGAGACUGUCAUGGCAAAUGGGCGGCAGGUAUGGAUUUGGGGUUUAGAUUUAAGCACAAUCCUGCACAUUCUUCAUGCUUUUAAAAUUCAUGUCUAAAUUCAUGUCAUUCUCAUCUGACUUGCAACUUGCGACAUGCAGCAGUUCAGUCUUUCAUUCUCUUACAAGUUGCAACACAGUUGAUCUAGUUAAGACCAUUUUCCUCUUUAUUUCCUCUUCUUAAAGUUUCUUUGUUCUCCAUCUGCUGUUGCUACUUCCUGACAGAGACAUUUUUCAUAUAUCUUCAUCCUUCAGCUUCGAUUGAGUUUUGUAAUGUUUUAGUUUUGAACAUUCAUAUCAUUUUCUUCAUUCCCUUUAAAUAACACAUUGUAUAUCCAGCAUUUAUCCUCCUGUUCAUUUGAAUUCUUCGUUUUUUGUUUUUCUUUACGGGCAUUGUUGUCCACUAAAUGUGUGAUUAGUUUUAUUUGAAUGUUCACUACAGAAGUUAAACUAUUGAUUUAUCUUAUUUAUCUGAAACACUCACCCUCAUGUCGUCCCAAACCUGUACAAGUCUAUUUCUUAAGUUGAACAAAAAAAAGAUAUUAUGAAGAAUGCUGGUAAUCAAACAGUUGUUGGCCCCCAUUCGCUUCCAUAGUAGGUACACUCUUAAAAAUAAAGGUGCUUCAGAAGGUUCUUCAAGCGAUGCCAUAGAGGAACCAUUGUUGGUUCCACAACGAACCAUUCAGUCAAAGGUUCUUUAAAGAACCAUCUCUUUUAUACCUUUUUUUGUAAUCUAAAGAACCUUUUCACCACAAAGAACCUUUUGUGA